UUGAUGGGCUCGUCGAGCUCGCUAAGAUCUGCGAAUUCUGCUUUGUCUUUUGUGGCUUAUGGAGACGCCAAGGUUGAUGCAAAAGCCCAACGACGCGUUUAGCAGCUCGCUUGCUAUUUUAAAAGCCGUAAUCAAGCGGUCAUUAUUGGCUGUGUGGAUUGCAAAAACCGAAAUCAAGAACACAGACGCAGCUACCGGUACAUCUGGACAUGUAGCUAGCUAUCGUAGCUAUUAAUAGCGAGUACGGUAUCUGGGAGCCCUGGCCGGCUACUUUUCUUGCGAUGCGGUGCUACUACAUGUAGUACGAUCGUACUCCAUCAUUUGUCAAGCACAGCCAUUCUAUUCUUCAUUGGUGCCUGCUCGACUACCUUGCCCACCAGGCAUGCCCCCUCUUGAUGCAGUGGUUUGGCCACUAUUCAGUAGCCAAAGUUAAUGUCGUGCAAAGCCAUCGCUGCUGGCUUCAAAUUAUGGUUUAAUUAAAAGUGUGCGUCCUGAGAGGCCAUUGAACAGCCUUCGGUGGUCAUUCAGGCAUAGAGAAGUGCAGUGUCAUCUAAUUACGACUGCGGUAUCGAGGCUGGGCAAUCUCGAGCCACAAUUUGGGCGGAAACAGCAACUCUCCAGCAUUUCCAGUGUGGUCUGUGAAGAAGUCAAUCUCCUUGAGCACAAUGGCUCGCACACUCAGUCAACACUUGAAGACAUCGAUGUAGUGCUCACAAAACAGAAACAACCAAAUCAACAAGAAACGAUUUCCGACAAAACCAAAUAGCACCAUGGCAAUCUAUUCGAGCAUCACUCUCAGUCUGUUCCUUCUUUCUAGUUUCGCUUCGGCGGAAUUCUUUGCUCACCCACUUCGACCAGAUCCUGCUCCCAUGGCAUGCGGAUCGUCUCCAGAUGACGCCACCUGCCCUACCUGUAAUGCUGCUCCAAGAGACUGUCAUCCCAGGGUCCGACGAAGUUGGUCCACAUUGACAGUGGAAGAGAAAGAAAAGUUCAUUCGAGCGCUCAAGAUCAUCAAAAACACUCCAACACCCAACGGACAACAGAUUUAUGGAAUGGAGUUUAUCAAUUACGAUGAGUUCAUUCUCCAGCAUGCUGCCGCCGUGGCAGAUCCUCGAGGAGAUCAAGCCCAUCUGGACCAGCAUUUCAGCUUGUUUCACCGCUUGCUCCUGUUGAGGUUUGAAAACACGGUUUUGUCAGUCGAUCCUUCGCUCCAGGGGAUCCCCUACUGGGAUCUGAGAGAUGGCGUGGAAUCGGUCUUUGGCCCUGGCGAAGUCGAAUUUGGGAGCACUACCGGCACCGGUCCGAAUCACGAGGUACAAGAUGGCGCAUUUGCCGAGGGAUGGAGCGUAAGCGAGUACGAACACGAAAUGACUUUGGGAGCCCGACACUUGCCAGACGACUUUCCACUUAUCUUUAGCACCGCCACGGGAGUGAGAUUGCUCCGAAGCAGUGAUGUCCCCACGAAUCAGUUUGUCCGCUACCCCACCUGCACAGAUGAAGUGCCCGGGCCUCUCAUGUAUAGUGCUGCCAACUUUGAAACCUGUGUCUCCCAAAAGAACUUUGAAGACUUUUACUGGUGCUUGGAAAGCCCCACAACGAAUGGCGCCCACGAACUUGGGCACUUUUGGAUUGGCAGUGCCGAUGAUGAUGGUAAAAAGUUUGGCUUUGGCUGCCCCGACUUUGCCCCUCCCAACCUGAAACUACCUGGAGUCCGCCAAGGAGACUACAUUGACAAGCUCACGUCACCCAACGACCCCAUCUUCAUGCUGCACCACGCCUUUAUCGACAUGUUGUCCUUCAGUUUCAUGCGACGCAAUCCUGACAUGGCAGACCAGUAUUGGGGUUUCAAGGCAUCCGCCACGGUUGCUUCGCUCCCUCAAACGGAAGGAACCUUUCUCAAUGAUAUGGUGUCAUCGCAAUGGCCGUUUCUGGGUGUGGAGCUCUUGGACAACGCCGAUGCCCCAUCAGGAGAGCUUCAUUACUGGGAAGCGCUGUGCUGGGUGGGACCGGAAACUGCUGCCUACACGUACGAUGCCUUUCAGGAUGCCAACAUUUGCCAGGAGCCAGCUUCAGCAGAUCCAUCAUCUGAACCUGUUCCCGAUGAGUCAACUGUACUAGAACCCACGGAAACUGCUGUGGGAGAUGCCCUGCGAGGCGCUAUUGGCACAACCUCCAGUGCAUCAACUUUACUCGUCUCAUCUUGGUUGGUUGCAAUGGGAGCUGUUCUUCUUGGGGUUGUCGCCAUUUAAGGUUGGACACCUUCACUUCCUUGCUUCCUGCUCCUUUCUGUAACAACUUGACCUAGAUUCUUUUUGCCCUCCAUCUUUACUUUACUGUAACAACUUCAACCAGCCAACUUGGUCUAUCGGUACCGGUAGCACCCACGCUUUGGGUCAACCAUCAUAGCUAGAAUUCUCCAGCCAGACUCCAGAAAAAGAAUCCGUCUCGCCCCGUUAGAGGCCGUGCCACCGGAAAAUGAGUGUCAAAGGAAAUGAAGCAAGGGUGUUUGUUUCGAAUGGACACCUAUGCCUGUUCAUCGUAAUACGGAGACGAAGCAGUCUUUUUGAUCAUGAUGUGUCACCGGACAAGGUACCUGGUAUCGCCUACUAGUACCGGUACUUGCCAUCUGUAGCCGUGUCAUUGCUAGCUAGCUAGCUGGCUCUGAGCUGCGCUUGACCGUUGCUGUUGCGUUGACAGCUGCGUUGACUGUUGAGCCCUGUGACUGAAAGGCUUUUACUUGCUUACUUGUUGCAAAACUACCCUUCUGCCCCCUCUCGAUGAGCAGUCAGCUUACCCGGGUACCGUCUUACCGUACCGUACAGCUUACCAUACUGACUCCUUGGUGACGUGUGACGUACAGAACCGCAAAGCAACUUCUUUUUACGUGGUGUGAGCUUUCCCAUUUCUGGCAAUUGAUGUUAAAUAGAUUUCUUUGUUGAGAAGUCACUUACUUGACGACCUGGCAUUAAUAGAUAAUAGCGAAUUAAAACGAAAGUGC